AUGGUGGAAGUGGAGGGGAAGAUUCGCCAUCGAAUCCGGUAGCGGCCAUCUUAUUUGAUCUGCUAACGUCGUUCUGCGCUACAUCAUCGUUGUCGUGGUCGUCGUGUGACGAUAAUUUUCGCGUUUUUAUCUCAAUUUCGUUAAGAAUCGUUCUAGUUCACGGCGCUCGCCGAGUCUGUAUGUUGUAGCGCGCCGUCGAUAGCCUCAGAUCCUUCCGGGAAGUCCUCGUAAUUCACGUAUCUCUUUCUCUCUGUCCCAUCUCUUGUCUACAAGCAGCGUGAAAUUCUGUGGUCUGCUAAUGCGUGGCGUUUCAGAGAGCUCCCCGACUCGCGCAAUGGCCGAGGAUUUGGAUGUCGAGGCGAUGCUGGAGGCGCCGUACAGGAAAGGGAUGGUACGUAACAUGUACCCUCGCGCUCAUAGGAUGUGCGCCAGCGAGUUGCCUUGCACUUGAAAGACGACGAGGUGUAAGGUUUCGUAAAGAUUAAAAUGGAGAUUACACACGUGUCACUGUCAUGGCGGUACAUGCUCGAUUGGAAGGCAGUUCACGACAGUGAUAAUGACGAUAACUCGUUUGGUAAUCUACAUGGGGAGACUUCGUACCGUUUCCGCAUUACGUGGUAACAACGCUCUACCCGAAUACUGUUAGACAGGAGUCUUUGCAGAGGUCUUUAUGAGGUCAAACCUUGCGCGAAUGACGGCAUGAAUGUACACGGGUGUGUGCAACGAGCGAAUGUGUGAGAGUGUGCGAGUUUGAGAGUUUUGCAUAUUGCAACUCGGAGGGUCUUUUGAUCCUCCUGGUUCUAUGAAACUCUUGGCAUUUGUGGGUCUAAAAAUCUUACCUUCUCGAGCGUACAGGAAUUCACAAAUUCAUGGACUUGUAUAUUUAAGGGAUUUAUAUGGAUUAAUUUUGUGACUCUUAAAAAUGAGUAUACUUGAAUCUUAAAAUCCAUGUAUCAAAUGUUUUGCACGUAUUGGAUAAAUUAUUUCUUUUGCAUUUUUUUGUUAAUACAACGUAAUAUGGUAUUAGAAUAACGUAGUGUUGUUUUGCCAAGAUAUAGUUUAUCUUAUCUGUAAGGUACAAAAGAGUAUUUCCUAUUUUUUAAUAACACUUUCACUUACAAAGGUUCAUGAAUGAGCUCAUUUUACAAUAAUAUCUAAAUUCUACCCAUUAUUAUUUUUAUAUAAUUUGUAAUGAUAGCAAUUUACCUUUUAGGUAGUGGCAUCAAUCAGGUAUUGCAACACUUAAUCACAGUGCGACAGAAGACAAGUCAGGAAAUUGUUAUCUCUCUUUUAGCUUAUUAUUAGUCUUUAUUAAUCCGUUUUAAAUUUUACUUAUAAAAUGCCUAUCCAUUUUAUCAGUCAGUUCUUGAUGUAAUUCGCGACAAAUGACAUAAUUCAUAUAUUUACACUUACAUGUAGAGAACUUCAAUCUUUUAGAGCAGCAACUUGCUGUGAACUUAUACUGGAAGUUUUUUCAAUAUAAAAAUAAAUUGUAUAUCUAUAAGUUUUUGUAAAACGGUUUUACAUCUCUGAGAAACUGGAUAGGAACUUUGUAAGCAUCCUACGUUAUUCUCGAGUUUACAAAUAAAUCAUGUAAAAGUAAAUUGUCCAGAAAGCUCUGUAAAAUAAGCUUUUUAAAUUUGUUUAAGAAAAUGUUUCAAAAACUUGCUUUCUUGUUCUCCAUCAGAAGGUACUUCGUAUGUCGUGUCUUUAUUAAAGUAAAUUAAAUUAAUUUUUAUGUGUAUUAAUAUCCAAGUUGUAAAAGAAGAAAUAUAUCCAUUGCUUGUGCCGUCACAUAUUGCACCCUUAUAAAAAUGUAAUACUGGACAGUAUUAAAUUGGUCAGUAAUUAAUACUUAUUUUAAGUAUUAAAAGCACUUAUGUUAGUACAUUUAAUACUUGAAAUAAAUAAUAAUUAUUAGCUAAUUUAAUACUGUUCAGUAUUAUAUUUUUAAGAGUUGUCAUUGAGAUACCAUGUACAUCGCGUUACAGCGAGAACGAAAGAAACAUUUUCUGGACCCAGCCGGAUCGCGCGGAUCUAUCCAAGUUGAACUGUAGUACUUGCGAGCUCAAUCUCGUGCCGGAAAGGAAGGGGGGGGGCGGUAAUCUGAAACGGUCCCUAAUUAAUGAGAGAUACACACUCUAAACAGCAAACGCGCGCGCUGGUAAUCGAAAGCUAGCGAUUAGGGGCAGUACCUUCGCUCGCGUCUCUAUAUCUCUCUCGCGUUUACACCCUUUUGAAAAUCGUACUGUCUUUGAUGAGGGCUCUCUUUUGCAGAAGAAAAAGGAUGUGUGGUUGGCCAUUGGUAGUUUAAACACCAAGGCAUGCUCAACCCAAGAUUGCAAUGCUUUCCUAAUACCCGAUAAAGCGAUUGGUAAGUUUGAGCCAGGUGCAUGCGACCGUGUCGCAUCGCUAUGCUCGCCCCGUCUUUCUCUCUGUUAUACACGCUCUCUUUUCACGCUUGCUCUCUCUUCUCUUCUUGUACCUUUCCCUCCCUUAGCGCUCUCGGGGAACCCAUAAAAUUUCCGGAAAUGAAACGGACAGAAAAGAUGAGAAAGAGCACGAGAAUUGAUGCCGACGUCUAUCUCCGUUAUCCAGGAUCAAACAAAAAAAAAAGCAUUGCUUUUCCUCAGCAAGGGAAGGAGCAGGACUCCUCUUCCAAAGACAAAUCCUCCAAGGAGAAUGGGUCUAGUCGUAAAACAUCUGGGAAGAGCAAACAUCGUUCGCGUUCACGUUCACGAUCCCGAGAUCGCGAUCGCCGAGACAAAGAUCGACGAGAUCGCGACAGGGACAGAGACAGGGACCGGGACCGCGAUCGGGACAAAGAUCGCGAUCGCGAUCGCGAUCGCGACCGUCGGCGCAGGUCGAGAUCGCGCGACAGACGGGAUCGGGACAAGGAUCGUGACAAUGAUCGAGACAGGGACAGGCGAGACAGAGAACGGGAUAGGGAUAGAAGGAGAAAGAGAUCACUAACACCGUUGACUCUGCCUAGAGCCCGACCGCCGUUUGGCAAGGGCCACAGUCCACUUGGAAUAAAUGAUGAAUUGACACCAGAGGAGCGAGAUGCACGGACUGUCUUUUGUAUGCAAUUAAGCCAACGAAUUCGUGCACGGGAUUUAGAAGAAUUUUUCUCAAGCGUCGGCAAAGUACAAGACGUAAGACUUAUCACAUGUAACAAAACUCGAAGAUUCAAAGGCAUUGCUUAUGUAGAAUUCAAAGAUCCAGAGAGUGUGACACUCGCUCUUGGUCUGUCAGGUCAAAAACUUCUUGGAGUGCCUAUCGUAGUACAACAUACACAAGCUGAAAAGAAUCGCAUGGGUAAUUCGAUGCCGAACCUAAUGCCUAAGGGGCAAACAGGACCCAUGCGAUUGUACGUAGGAUCUUUGCAUUUUAAUAUCACAGAGGAUAUGCUUCGCGGAAUUUUUGAACCGUUUGGAAAAAUUGACAACAUACAGUUGAUUAUGGAUCCUGAAACGGGACGCAGCAAGGGUUACGGUUUUUUGACAUUCAGAAAUGCAGACGACGCGAAAAAAGCGUUGGAACAACUGAAUGGAUUCGAGCUUGCUGGUAGACCUAUGAAAGUUGGAAACGUAACGGAACGAACUGAUCUAAUUCAAGGGCCUUCCCUACUCGAUACUGAUGAGUUAGACCGUAGUGGAAUUGACCUGGGAGCGACUGGAAGAUUACAACUGAUGUUUAAAUUGGCGGAAGGUACUGGCCUGGAAAUUCCUCCUGCUGCAGCGAAUGCAUUAAAUAUGGCACCAGUGAUGACACAGCCACAACCACCACCUCAGGCCGCACCUCCUAUUGCGACACAGUGUUUCAUGUUGUCGAAUAUGUUUGAUCCACAAAAUGAGACAAACCCUAAUUGGGCAAAAGAGAUCCGCGAUGAUGUAAUCGAAGAAUGUAAUAAACAUGGCGGCGUCCUACACGUAUACGUGGAUCAAGCAUCACCACAGGGCAAUGUUUAUGUGAAAUGUCCGUCAAUCGCAACUGCCGUGGCGGCAGUGAACUCGCUACAUGGCCGAUGGUUCGCCGGCCGCGUCAUAACCGCCGCUUACGUGCCAGUGAUGAAUUAUCACUCGUUAUUCCCUGAUGCGAUGACCGCUUUACAACUAUUGGUACCAAGUGCACCGCGAAGAGGAAUGUAAUAAUCUUAAACGAGCGAACAACAAUCGUCUACUGAAAUCUUGUAAAUCCUUGCGUAGUAUUGCGUUUUCUCUAUCUCGUAUACUCUUGUUGCUGUCCGGUGGAAUCGCAUUUUUUAAUUCGUUGAUAAGAUGGGAGGGAAAAAAGCAUUCUGAGUAACAAGUUUCAACGAUCACGUAUGUUGUCAUUUUUGCAUAAAUUCAUUAUAGCAUUGUGAACGCGAUAAGUUCGAUUAGUUUCACGGCACAUGUAUGGUUCGUGUGAGUUAUGAUCGUAAUCAAAAUUUGUGACGGGCGAACAUUGUUCGGAUUUGUUUGACAUUUUUUUAUCUGUUCAAACACAUGUGAAUUAAAGGAUAUAUGGACACUCACAAAAUAUGAUUUUUAUGUCACAUUGUACAUAUAUUUAUAUAUAUCAUAAUUUUUUAUUUAGUCUUUCCUUUGUAAUAUGAAGCAAAUACUGAUUGUUCUGAUUUCUUGUGAUAUGAAUAUACACAAUAAAAUUACGAAAUCGAUGUUUUUUAAAAGACCUCAUACGUUUUUUAUGGAAAUUGGAUGUAGGAAACACAACUUGGCAACCUUUGAUCCGUAUCUCGAAAACUAGCCAUUUUCGAACCUUGCGCCCGUGAUGACUUGAACAGAAUAUCAUCAAACUAUAGCAUAGUACAGUAGUUAAUUUGACCUAAAUCCAAUUUUCAUAAGAAAUGUGCGGGAUUCUUCAGAAACUAAUGAGAACAUAAUAUAAUUUUGAAAUUUUUGUUGUCAGAAAACUUACAUGAAGUUACAUUCGUAUCGCAUAUAAAAAUGCUACAACACGGAUAAACAUCAAAGUUACUGAAAAUUAUUUAUUAACUAUCAAUAAAGUGAGUUACGUAAUUUUAUUAGGGACAAUUAUGUUUGUUUCUUUCAAAAUUAGAUACCCAAGUGUUCAUUGCCGCGACACGAUGUUUCAUUUUAUGUACCGAUGUAUUGUUUCGCGAUUGAAGUAGUGUAAUAUAUGUUCGAGUGUUUUAAUGAUAUUUAAUUCCGUCGAUCAUUCAUAUACACUUACGUUGAUUGAAGAAGGGAAGGGCCUUAAUUCUUUAUUCCUAAUCUAGUUCAUGUAUUAAGUUUGUACCGAUAAUAUAUGAGAAAUAUCUAAAUAUUAAAAGAAUAAAGAAAAUCUUGUAAAUUUUA